AAAAAUUGGCAGGCGUGAAUUUAAAAUCUAUUUCUUUUUUGAAAGGCUAAAAUCUAAAUUCUUAACCCUAGUGGAAAAUAAAACCAUAUUAAAGUCUAACGCACCUAAAAAAAACUGAAGAGAUUUGGUGGUGGCGAAGUUAAGUGUCGGCUCCGAUGACUAGUGUUCAGGAUCCAGAUCUCGAUUGGAUUCUUCAAAUCGAAGAGUGUAAACAUGUUGGGGGCUCGCGUAUCAAAGUACAAGGUCCUUCCAAAGUGGUUGCCCUCAAAGUUUCUCCAUCCGUUGUCUGUCUCCUGUCUCACACGGGCAAGGAUAAGUUAUUUGCUUGCUCGGGGACUAUUGUAGAAUGUGGAGGCAAAGAGAGUGAUGGUACAUUUGUUGGUAUCAUCCUAACUUCUGCCAGUCUUCUCAGAUGUCCCUCUGGCGCUGCUUCUCUCGCUCCCGAUAUCAAGGUUGAUGUUCUUUUACCAGAUGGGAAAUUAUUGCAGGGUGAAGUUUUUGCAUAUGAUUUUCAUUACAACCUAUCCGUUAUAAAGAUCCGAUCUGAUACCCCAUUUCCAACACCAUCCCUUAGAAAUUUGGAUGAAUCCAUACCUGUUACUUUGCAACCGGCGCUCAAUUCAACAUCUCCUCGUCAUUCAGAUUCAUUUAAAAUUCGUCCAGGGGACAAGGUCAAGGCCCUGGGGCGCCAUUACCAUUCACACAGUCUUGUGAUUGCAUCUGGCUCUUUCACUAUUGGGCUGUGUGAAUUUGAUUGUCAAGAGCUUAUGAUGUCAACUUGCAAGAUGGGUUCUCAAAUUCACAUUGGGGGACCUCUUAUCAAUUGUGCUGGAGAAGUUAUUGGGAUCAAUUUCUAUCAUGAGAGAUAUACACCUUUCCUACCAAUCAAUAUAGCUUAUAGAUGCUUGGAGCACUUAAAGAUUCAGAGAAGUGUCAAUCGUCCUUGGCUUGGGAUGGAGUUGACUAACUUUUAUGCAGUAAAUUUGGCUGAUAUGGAGAAAAUUGUUCAAAAGUUCCCUCAUAUUUCUGAAGGUGUUGUAGUUGAAAAGGUAGUAAAGGGGUCCCCUGCUGAAGUUGCUGGAAUACUCCCUUGUGAUGUUAUUGUUAGUUGUGGUGGACAUUCAGUUAGGUGUUCCUCGGAGUUCUUUGGGAUAACGUGGGACAAGACUAGAGAAUCUGUGCCGGUGGUUGUGAUGAGGGCAAGCUGUGGUAAUCGUCAGAUGCUAACUAUUGAUGUUGAGGAUACUAGUGAACAUAGAUAUAAUCGUUGGCCAAUUCCCAGUACAUACUUGGACAUGUUUUGGAGGUCUGCGGAAAAGUGAUUGACUACUGAUGGGCAUUUCUGAAUAUAAGUCUUUUUUGGUACUUUUGUUUAUGUAUAGGGAUCAGGAAAAAAAAUUUUUUUUAUCUGAAGUUGUCAGAAUUUGAGUUUAAUUAUUGAAAAUAAAAGUUUAAUAUUUUGUUAAUAGAAUAGAUGUUAAUAUGUAGGGCUUUCUUUUUCUUUAUUUAAUAGUUUGUUUUCGGAUUUCUUUAGUGAAG